AUGAACCUCUUCACCUCCGGAGGGGCGAGCAGGCGCAUCGAAUUUUUCAGAACAUUGAUAGUGAUCGCCAGCUACCCAUUCAUCGUGUUCUCGAGUGCGAUGCCUGAAAUCACGCCACCCACCAUGGGAAAGGGCAACGACACCGCGUCUGAGUAUCGAGGAACAGUGACGAGCAGUGGGACACUACAGCUGUCCACAAUAAAGACCUAA